UUUAGAUUGUCUGCCCCCUUUUCAAAAUAAAUAAUGGGCUCCUCCUACUGGAAAUUAUCCCCCCAAAAUCCCCCCUGCUGCCGAUAAUGACUUGACUGAAGCCCUGCCGUGUGUUACAUCACAGGAAACACACCUGUCUUUGACAGCCCUCUCGGAGAGACGGUUGAAAAGACAGCCGAACGGACUUGACCUCCUCAAGCCGGUUGUUGACGGAAUUCAACAAGGUGUAGCUUCUAGGUACAGGUGCGGGGUUCGUUCCCACUUCAAAAGGCGUAUACACACAUACACACCUGCCUUGCAGGUAGAUUUACUUGAGAAGUAAGCGUCUACUCAAGCCGAAUUGUGCUGGUGAAAUUUGCGUGUCGUCCGUCGCAAAAAUCCCCGACGGUGGCUGACAGAAGAAGAGGGGCCAAGAUGCGGUCCACCGCGCUGGCUAUGCUGGUACUUGCCGGUGUAAUAGCGUCGACUACGGCAGAAGAAUCGUGCCAGACUGAAAGAGGGAAGGCGUAUCGAGGAACAGUCUCUGUGACCAACACAGGCAAGACAUGUCAGCGCUGGGACAGUCAGACACCCCACGAACACAGCAGGACACCUGCUAACAAUCCGUCAUCCGGGCUGGAGGAGAACUACUGCCGGAAUCCGGAUAACGAACCCGGGGUGUGGUGCUACACCACGGACCCUAGCUCGAGAUGGGAGCCGUGUGACGUACCAUACUGCGGCGGAUCGGUGACCAAAAUCUCCCCUCGCCUUGGAAGCUUGUCUGGAAAGACCCGGAUUACCAUCAGUGGCAACGGAUUUCCCCACGACCAAUACGCUGGAAACCAGGUUUUCCUCGUCAGCAAGGACGGGACUCGUUCUGUGGAGUGUGACGUGGAGAAACAGCAAAGUACCGAGCACGCUAUCGUCUGUGACACCAGGCCUGCCCCAGAGGGAGAGUACUUCGUCCGGAUCUUCGAGAACGAAGUGCAGCUCCCCCUAGAGCGACACUGCAGUAGUGCAGAAGAUGAGCUGUGCCGGUUCAAGUACGAGGAUGGCCGCACCCCCUAUAUCAGUUCGAUCACCCCCAGAUCUGGACCCCCUGGAACUGUUGUGGACUACCGUGCAAGGCUCUUUACCUCAAUAUACCAAAGUACUGCAGGAGGUGAAGAGGAUAGGAUUGAAAGAGCAUACGUUGGCAAUGACAUCUGUGACUUGGUCGAUGGAACCACUGGAGAACUGUAUGGGAUUAAGCUGGACGAUGGAUCAAACUGGGGAAACCUCAAAUGCCAAGUCAAGAUCAAGCACAUCGGUAGUCACAACGGAAGUUUUGUGAUCCAUGGAAACAAGGGCAGGUCCCAGAAUAAAGUAGAAAACAUCAAAGUUGGUCCCAACAUGGAACUGUAUUCAUUUCAAACACAUGCAGAGGUAUUGGGUGUUAGUCCAUCAGAAGGUAGUAAGGAAGGAGGAACCCGUAUCACCAUCAGGGGGAGGUUCUUUAACUACACCACUAGCAGGACACCGCCAAGGGUCCUUGUUGGAGGACAACCCUGUGAGGUUGUGGGCACCCCAACCUUCGACACCAUUGAGUGUAUCACACCACCAGCUCCAGAGCGCCCCCUAGCAGCUUGGGCAGGUGGCCGUGGUGCAGAGAUAGAACAAUGGAACGGCACCAAUCCCUGGUCGACGGAGGCUUUUGCAGAAGUGACCAACUACACUUCAGACAGGGCAGGGUACUGGGUCCGUCCGAAAUCAGACGGAUUCUGGUGGGAUGAAGAUGUCAUGGACAGUUAUGUAACAAGGAUGAAGACGUUCUUUGUACCAUCUGCGACCGGACUGUGGCAGUUCUACAUCAAAUCAGACGACAGGUCCAACCUGUACAUGAGCCCAGACGAGGACCCUGCAAGAAGGGUCAGGGUUGCCCAUUGCAAACAAUACCGACCUCAUUAUACCACCAAAGACAACCAACACACAGAGAAAAUGAUGCUGGAGAAAGGAAAGAGGUACUACAUGGAAGUGACCCACCAUGAGGGUGGGGGUGGGUCCAAUGUCUACGUUGCUGCUCGCUACUUCGAUACGGACUACACCGCGGGACAGACGGACAGUGCCUGGAUGGAGCAGCAAAAAAUCAAAACAACCUCUACAACACGGAAUGAAGUCCAGAUUGUAACACUAUCGAGCUGGUCAACUACCUCUGCCAGGAAUGAGGUCCAGACUGUGACCAUCCCCAGUGGAGCAAACUUUAAGCUAAGUGUAAGCGGUGCCACCACAGGAGUCAUGAACACAGACAGCAGUGCAGGAACUGUCCAAAAUGCCCUCAACCAGCUGCCCUCCAUCGCACCUGAUUCGGUCCGGGUUACCAAGUCAGGCAACGCCCGAUAUGUCGUAGAGUUCAGGUCUGCCCAGGGAACCUUCCCACUGAUUGAGGUAGAAAAUGCCCCUGGAUCCACUGUAGUGAGGACAACUGAGGGCAAACCUUCCCUGGCUACCUUCACCCUGGAGUUUGGUGGUGCCUUCUCUGAUCCCAUCGCAAAGGAUGCAGAUGGACCAACGGUACGCGAUGCAGUACUGUCUAUGCUGUCUACCAAGUGCCCCAGUGCCAUCACCAACCCCAGCAGUUCCAUCACCAAGUUCUAUCGGGACUUUGAAAACCCACCAACCAGGUGGCAGCAGGGAACGAGGGUCCCAGGGGGCAUGGGUUGCGGUCGUUGGGUACUGAAGAGACCCCAUUGGCUGUACCAUCCCCAUUUCCACGGAGGAGAUGUGUACUUGCAGACCUAUAGAUACACCUGUUUCUCAUACAAAGGAGGGCCAAGCUUCAGCCCCAGGAUCCAGCUCAAAGUGAAAUACAAUGAAAAUGGUGCCACUCGAGUUCACUGGACCUAUCCUGAUGUUGGACUGAAGAAUGAUCAACAAUGGCACUAUAUCUGCGUGAACUUGUUUGAUCUGAUGUCAGCCCAGUAUCCAACAGGGUCUGGCUUUGUCAUGCAAGGGUUGCUCCUGUUCCUAGCACAUCUUACACCAAAAGUCGAGGAAGAGGACUACUUUAUUGAUGACUUCUACAUUGGAAGGACUGCUCUUGUUAAUAAUGUGGAGGACGUGUUGCUCCAGCGUGCGUCCGCACCAGACCUUGAUGGAAACCUGAUCGAAGAUGUCAUGGUGUCUAAGACGGAGGGGGAAUCUGUCUACAACAUCACCUUCGUGCCUUACAACUGUGGUCAUGACUUCCCACUGAUGGGGGUCCGCUCUUCUUCGAAAAGCGGUAACCGUAACAGGAAGACCUACACCUUCCCAAACACUGGUACCAGCUCCCAGAUAGUGAUAGAGAGGGAAUGGGGUGCCACACCUCCAAUAACUGGCACCAUGGACAUCAGCUACAAGGGUGCAACUCUCACGGGGAUUGCGUCAGACAUUUCUGCAAGUGACCUGAAAGCCCAGCUGCUGACGAUCGGCACAGGUGACGUAUCCGUGGCUCGAGAUGGUUCCUGCUCUGGCUACAAAUGGACAGUAGACUGGCUACUGAGUGGGGGAGACAAGCCUGCCCUACAGGUGGAUGGCAGUAGCCUAAGUGCAGAGGAUGCAGAUGUUGAAGUGGUGGAGUCCAGAGAUGGCGGCCUGUUCAUUCAUCCGCUCGGCGGUGACUACACGGAGACCGUGCACGACAAACCGCAAGUCCAAGUCUUUGUCAACAAUAUCGCUUCCGCUAAUGUGGGAGACUGUACCUUUGAGUGGGGCGAGGACGCAACACCAACCAUAACAGCUGUGUCUCCUACUAGUGGCUCAGCCAGUGCCAGCACAGUUAUGACCAUCACAGGCAGCGGCUUCAGCACAAACACAUCUCUCAACAAUGUCAACGUUGGUGGAGUGGCUUGCGUGGUCUCCGCGGCAACAGCCAACCAGAUCACAUGUUCCGUGCAAGAAGGCGCUGGCGGAACCCACGUGGUGAAAGUGACCGUUGACGGAAAGGGACGCGCUAAGCAUGUGAACGAGACGUUCCGUUUCACAUACACUGCCACCAUCAGCGGAAUCACUCCAACAUCCGGCAGCCUUGGAGGAGGAUCCACACUAAACAUCACAGGCCACGGUUUUGGAGACGACUAUGUUCCAAAGAUUGAUGGUCAGCCCUGUGAAGUCACACUGAGGACAUACAGUGUGAUCUCCUGUACUACACCUGCAAGGUCCUCAGCAGGAACAGUAGCUGUGACAGUAUACCAGGGAGAUGACCUGAACACAACUCUCACCAGUCCGACAAGCUUCACUUAUGACAGCGCCAAGACUCCCGUCAUUACUGCACUGAACAACACAGUCGCCAAGGUGGAAGGUGGGACAGUCAUUGAAAUCAGUGGAACGGCUUUCGGGGAGGAUGCAGCUAGCGAUGAUGCUGUGAUGAUCGGAGGAGAGGCGGCCGAGAUUUUGGAGUACUCAGACACUGCGGUAUCAGUGAGACUGCCAGCCCAGAAAACAGGGUCCUACCCAGUACUCCUCCUUGUGGAUGGAAAUGGAUUUGCAGACACAAGCACAAACAGUAUUUCAGACAUCGAGUAUCGUCUGUCGGUGACAAACGUCUAUCCCGACCGCGGGUCUAUCCUGGGAGGAACACGCGUCCUCAUCAAGGGAGAGGGCUUUAGCGAAACCGCGGCGAACAACGUGGUGAUGUUUGGGGACGUUCCCUGCGAGAUCGAGUCCGCAGAAGCCACGCUCAUCGCCUGUGUCACUGAAACAGCUGCAAAGACGCACGUCAUCACUAACGAUGGCACACACCCAGACUAUGGAAAAGGGUAUGCCUGGAGUGAGACUCUUGUGACUGCAGCUGUUGGAGACAAGGUGCGCUGGGAGUGGGAAGCUCCAGACCUGUCACGGGCAGCAUACAGCAUCCAACGGACUGCAGAUGCCUCCACCACAGAGUAUGAUGGCACUGGCUUCUUUAGUGGUCCCAAGACCCCCAGAGGUGUGUUUGAGCAUACCUUCAACACCCCUGGUGGAUACUCCUACAGCAGUGCAGCUGUAGAUUCCAGCGGACGCAUCUUCAUGAAAGGUUUUGUCCAAGUCCAGCCGCUGGAGGUCCACAAUCGUGAGGAGGCCCUGAAGCUGACGGUUGCAGGCUUUGAGGCCGACUAUGAUGUAGAUUCAGUUGCUGCAGAUCCCACGGACUCACGUGCCUGUCCCGGGGCUGUUACCAGCAUCGCUGGCUGCACGGAUGCUGCUCCUACAUCCAACUCAUCUGCCGAUGGUUUCCCCUUCGAUUUCUGGAGCUGUGUCACUCCCAAGAUCACCUCCAUCAGUCGUAACAAUGGUACUGUGCAUGAUGCUAUCACUAUCGGUGGGUCAGGAUUUGGGACCAACAAUUGUGAGAAUGUGGUGACCAUUGGUGGCUACACUGCCACCUGCUCGCUCAAUGGUGCAGACACCCUCCAGGGUAACGCAAACCCACACGAUGACGACAUGGAUGACCCGAUGACAAUCGGCACAUAUCAUGUCAUCGCCCUGUCAGUCAACAACCGUGGAGACGCCGUGACAGAAAUUACGCGUAUUCAAGACCGCAGCUUUGUUCUGCUCUCCAACGUUGAUAGUGUAUCUCCCGCACUGGGCUCUCUCGCUGGCGGAACUCGGGUGGUCAUCACAGGAAACGGAUUCUCGUCUGCUACGCAGGUCACGGUGGCCGGACAGGCGUGUAACAUCGUUAGUGUCACAUACACCCAGAUCGUGUGCAAGACAAGCGCGCACCAAUCCCGCAAGCGUUCCACUGACCAGAAUGUUGCCGGGCAGGUUGCAGUCAGCCAAUCCAUCAACGGUGUGACUGUGCAGGUGGCGUGUUCUUCGAACUGCGGGUACACCUACGCCUCGAGCGCCACCCCAACGGUUACAGCGGUGGAACCCACUCAGGUGUCAGGAGCAGUAAACGAGCUGCGCAUCAACGGAACCUUGUUCGGCACCGACUCGUCAAACGUUACCAUCACAGUCGGCAGUGAAGAAUGUGACAUCACCCUCAUUGAAGACGAUUUCAUCCUGUGCGAUCUCGAAGCAGUCAAAGUAGGCAACAACGCAUUUGAGCUUCACAUUGAAGGAAAAGGAAACGCAGACUCGUCUGUUUCAACUAUCGAAAGCUUGGCAGUAAUCGACAGCUUUACCCCCACCAAUGGUAGCACUCAGGGUGGAAUGGCCGUCACCAUAACUGGAAAUGGAUUUGUUGAUGGCGACACUACAAUCAAGUUUGGGCAGUCAGACUGUACGAUCACCGAAAUAUCACUUCUGCAGGUGAAGUGCACAGUUCCUGCUCAUGCUGCCGGAAUAGUAAAUGUUGAGAUAACCUCCAGUGGUGUCCAGUACCCAGUCAAGCAGUUUGAAUACCUUGAAGACCAAACUCCAGUGGUGGACUCCAUCAGUCCAGCCGUCGGAAGCACAGGCGCCACCAUAACUCUCACCGGCAGCAAGUUUGGCACCGACGACAGUGACAUUGUUGUCACCAUCGACAACGUUGGGUGUAGUCUGAGCGCCCUCACUGACACACAGAUCCAGUGUUCCGUGGGCUCUCACUCCGCGGGAGCCUAUCCCGUCGUGGUCCGGAGCGAGUCAAAGGGUUACGCCAUUUCCAACGUCACUUUCACCUACCAGCUGAGGUUGGAUUCGGUCUCCCCAGUAGAAGGAAGUUUUGGAGGUGGACAGAUCCUUUCUGUGACCGGAGCAGGAUUUGAUGCCCUGAUGACCAAGGUAACGGUCUGCAACAGGACCUGUGAACUACAAGGACAGCCGGACCCAAGUAGCUUGACCUGCGAGGUUCCUUCCAACCCUGAUUCAUCUCAAAGCGAUAAGGCCUGUCCAGUGGAAGUCAGUGUGAACAGUGAGUCGGAUGAGGAAUCCAGUGCUUUCACAUACAAGGGUAACCUUUCCCCACGAGUAACAAACGUUUCCCCAUCGCGAGGUGGAACAGCAGGGGGCACAACUGUCACCAUAAGGGGUACUGGCUUUAGCUCAACCCCUGGCCAGAAUGUGGUCACCAUUGCAGGAAGUGCUUGCAUCAUCCAAUCAGAAUCAUCCACUCAGAUUGUGUGCGUGACAGAGGCUCACAAUGGAACUGCUAAGUCCAAGGUUAGAGUGGAGGUCGGCGACCAGGGAGUUGCCAUACAGACUAAUGCUGAUUUCUGGUACAUUGACGUCUGGUCAUCCCCAUACACGUGGGGAGGGGGGCCACUCCCAGAAUAUGGUGACCUUGUUGCCGUGCCCAAGGGCAUGACCCUUCUACUGGAUGUCACCACUCCUGUGCUCAAGGUCGUGCUGAUCGAAGGAGGAGAGCUGAUCUUUGAUGAAAAGGAUGUUGAGCUGAAGGCAGAGAACAUCCUCAUCACCGGAGGUGGACUUCUACAGAUUGGUACAGAGGAGGAGCCAUUCCAACAUAAGGGUAUCAUCACCAUGUAUGGCCACGUCAGGUCUAAAGAACUGCCACUGUAUGGGGCCAAGACACUGGCUGUGCGGGAAGGCAGACUUGAACUUCAUGGUCGCCCCACCCCGAUCACCUGGACACGGCUGUCUGAAACAGCUGUAGCAGGUGCUACCACCUUGAAAUUGAAGGACUCGGUCAACUGGAAUGCUGGAGACAGCAUUGUCAUUGCUACAACUGGCGAUCGACACAGCCAGGGGCAAAAUGAGAAACGUGAGAUCAUGGAGGUUUACAGUGAUGGCAGAACCCUGACUCUGACGGAGCCUCUGGAAUUCGAACACUUGUCGGCCACGUCCACAUUCACCGCUGAGGAUGAGAGCAUUACCGUCAGCUACGGGGCGGAGAUUGGCCUUCUGACCCACAACGUCGUCGUCAGGGGGUCCAAUAACGAAGACUGGAACACGGAGAUUGAGGCUUGUGAAGCAGGGUUCGACACAGGUGAGUUCACGACACAGACCUGCUUCCAGGGUCGAUUUGGAGAUGACAUCGGGUCGGACCAGUUUGGAGCACAGGUCAUGUUCCACGCUCCCCGUACGGACGAGGACCUGGUGGAGGGACAUCUGUCCUAUGUGGAGUUCACCAACUCUGGACAGGCCUUCAGGCUUGGAAGGUAUGCCAUUCACUGGCACAUCAAUGGUGACAUGAGAGGCAACUACGUCCGAGGAUGCUCCAUCCACAAGAGCUUCAACCGUGCCAUAAACAUCCACAACACCCACAAUAUGCUGAUCGAACACAACGUGUUCUACAACAUCAUGGGAGGUGCCAUGUUUUUGGAGGAUGGUGUUGAGACAGGAAACAUCUUUCAGUACAACCUUGGAGUCUUCGUCAUAUCAAGUACAAGCUUGCUGAAUGAUGACAUCACCCCUGCUGCCUACUGGGUGACCAAUCCAAACAAUACUCACCGUCACAAUGUCGCAGUAGGCGGAACGCAUUUUGGUUUCUGGUACCGCAUGCACGAACACCCUGACGGCCCGUCCUUUGACCCCAACAUCUGGCCCGGCUACGUCCCUCUUGGCGAGUUCAGCAACAACACCGUCCACUCCCAGGGCUGGUUCGGCAUAUGGAUCUUUGAGGACUACUUCCCUACCACGGACGGAACACCUGCAGGAGACCCACAGCCAGCGGAAUUCCGCGGUCUGACUGCCUGGAACAACGAGAAGGGAGCAGAAUGGGUCCACUGUGGUGCCCUCCGAUUUGUUGACUCCAUCAUGUUCAACAAUGACAAGGCUGGCUUUGAAGGCAAAUUCCUCCUGAACGUACGGUGGGGGGAUGCCAUGUGGAAGGACUCAUGGAUCGUUGGACACGUGCCCGAGCUCGCUUCCACCGGGAACACCGACUGCACCAAGAAGGGCAUUAUCGUGCCGUAUGGACAUCGUUUGACCAUCAGUGGCCUCAACUUUGUCAACUUUGAUCAGCCUUCAUGUGUGGCUAUUGCAGUGACAACCAUAGAUGGUACUUGCGGAGAGUGGUGUGGCGGCUUCACCUACAGGUUUGACAACAUCAAGUGGGGAAACACUCCAAAUAAGGGAGCAUUCCGUUGGGUUCAUCAUGCCGUGUACUAUGACACAGACGGCAGUCUUACUGGGACUAGAGAUGCAAAGAUCGUUCCCACCAACGAUGCUUUGCCACCGGAGUGCGUCGCUAGUCCAGAGUUCAGCACCAGGGGCAACAGCCACCCUGCUAGCUUCUGUCCCCCUGGGGUGGACUUCGUGCGUUUUGCCUGGAAGGAUGCCCUGCCGUCCAACUUGGAGGCCAAAGACGUUUCCUUCACCAGCUCCUGGGGGAAAGUUCUGAGUUUCUUCAUCGACAAGAGAAUGACGCACAAACCAGGCUGGAUGGCACUUCUUCAGAUGGGAACAAACCACAAAAUGGAGUUUGAGGAAGCAGGUCACAUCACCAACAUCUCAUACACUGGAGCUUUCUCUGAAUUUGCAAACGACCAGUGGAUUGGUAUCAGUCACAACUUCACCCAGAAGCCAGACCGCUUCCAGGUGGUCCCGGGUGUCAUGAAGAAUGGGUCCAGCCGACCGGUGUCGUAUGACGAUAACGGCAACGGAGACUGGUACUUCGACACCAACACCAGGAAAUUCACCUACAUCCUUUCUGGAAAGGAUUCCGAGGACAACGCUGUCACCAGGCCUGUGCAGUUGCGCGUGUUCCGCUGUUACUACGCACAGUGUAUCCCCCCACCUGACCCCAAUACUCUCCCGCCCGCCCGCGAGAGGCCCGAGGACUUCGACCUCUGGUCCAAUCCAGAGUCGUGGCAAGGAACCGAAGAGGGGUGGGGCGGUAACUAUGGUAACGGAGCCUACGGACUUCCUCAGGAUGGCGAUGAUGUGAAAAUUCCAGGAGGUCAGUGGAUGGUCGUGGACACCGCACUACCCAUCAUGCACAAGCUCUACAUCUACGGAGUUCUGGAAUUUGACGACGGCCCGGACAAAGACUUCACUCUUACUGCUACUUACAUAAUUGUGCAGGGAGGGCGGUUGAUCAUUGGCUGGGAAGACAACCCGUACCAGGGGCAGGCUAAGAUCAUCCUACAAGGGAAUCACCUGACACCUGACAUGCCUUUCCCCAGUGUCAAUGCAGGGUCCAAGGUUCUGGCUUGCUUUGGUGGCUGCGACCUACACGGGAAGAACAGGAACUACCCUUUCACGAAACUGGCGCAAGAUGCUGCAGUCGGGGCCAACCAGCUGGUGGUAGCGGACCCCGUGGACUGGGUUGUCGGAGAUGAGAUCAUGGUCACCACGACCUCCUAUGACCCCUGGGAGACCGAAAUCUUCAGGAUCACAGGCAUCUCGGACAAGACCUUGACUCUGAAUGCUUCAGUGGCAUACUAUCAUUUAGGUGGAACCUACACCUUGGAUGAUGGUACAACCUACACCAUGGCAGCAGAGGUUGGCCUGCUGACCAGGAACGUCAAGAUCAUUGGGGACGACUACCCAAACCUCUUCAAGGAGUCGUUUGGUGCAAGAAUGAUGGUCAGCAAGUUUGCAGAUGAAACAAAAGAGUACAUAGGUUAUGCCAGGGUCACCAAUACAGAAUUCUACCGUACUGGCCAGGAGGGUUGGACGGACUUCUUUGAUGCACGUUACUCCAUCGCAUACAUGGACACGGGUACUGUGGACUCCAUCCGCCCAUCCUAUGUCAGGAAGAACGCCUUCCAUAAUUGCUUCUCUGUUGCUGUUGGCGUCUUUGGAGCAACUGGCAUUGAGGUGGAUGACAACGUCGUUCACCACACUGUUGGGCAAGCAAUAAAUGUGUGGGGUAGCAGCAAUAAAAUCCGUAAAAACUUAGUUGCUCUCAAUAUCUGGACCGGCAGCUACAACGGACGUACAGAGGAGAAUAAUGUUGACUGGGAUGCCGCGAUCGAGGUGCAGAAUGGCAGAGGCAUUGUGCUGCAAGGGAACAGGGUAGCUGGGGCUGAAAAGGCAGGGUAUACCAUUGAUGGAGAGCCCUGUACCGGCAACACUGCAGAGGCCUGGUCUGACAAUGAGGUGCACGGAGUCCUUGUUGGUGUCUGGUCCUUGAAAGAAUGCUUCCCACCAUGCGCCAAGGUGCGGGGAUUCUAUGUCUGGAAGGCCUUUGACUUCGGCAUCUACUUCCAGUCACAGUGCAACUUGGAGCUGGAAGGCAAUACGAUCGCUGACUCCCGGCUUGGAAUAUUCCACAUGGUGAUCGGCCCGUCGGCGUUGACACACGUCGCAGUCAACAACUACGUCCAAAUGGAGAACUCCCUGUUCAUCGGCAGAAGCGAAGGAUUUGACUGCGACAGAGACCAACCCCAACUUAGCCCUCGACCUGUACCAACAUACAUCAGACUUCCCAAAGAUGGGCGUGGUUUUGGGAGUCCAAGUGGCGGAAUGGUUGGCACACCCUUAGGUCUCAUCUCGCAAUCUGACAACGGCGCCACCACGCAUCCUUUCUCAGGCGAGAUGUCCUACCCAACCCUGUAUGGCAGCUUCCGGAUGAACAAUGUGAAGUUUGCCAGAUAUGGCACUGCCUGUGGUAAAGAGGACGUUGCCAUCAUGACCAACCCGGGUCAAGAGGACAACACUUUCCCAACCUAUGUUAGCGGUCUCUCCUUCCCAGGAACUCAGGAGAACAACAAAAUCUUCUACGCACGUCCGAGUGCCGGAAAAGUGAACCCAUCUGACUGCGUCGACAUGGCCUGUGACGGCAAGCUUGUGGCGCUCAUCAAAGACGCUGACGGCUCCCUCCUCGGAUCACCCGGGACGGUGGUCCCAGAACAGGAGUGGGAGUGGCAACCUGACGGAGUCAAGAACUGGAGUGGGGACAAACGCUACGGGAUAGGUGACUACCGUAUCCCCACUGCCGCGUUGGCUGACUCUGAUGGCGGCAAGCUGGCAGUGGCAGAUGUGGCUCCAAACAAAGGUGCUCUUCGUGACAACAGCUGUAGCUACCAAUCUUCCUGGCAGGCCUACAAAUGUCACGAUGUUGACUACCAGAUGUUGGUUAUGGAGAGCCUGGACCCAGACACGGAGAGUCGCAGGCUGUCCCCUGUGGCGGUGAUCUCGGGAGGGUACGUCAGUCUGUACAACGGGCCUCAGGACCACGGCUGGUGCGUGGGCUACACCUGCCAGGAACGUAUCUCCACGUUUUACACCGUCGUUUACGCAGAUCGUCACCACGACAUCUACUUAACAGGUGUGAACCCGCAGAAGAUGCGUCUCCACUUCAGGCUGCGUGAUGACGAAGACAAGGCCAUCCGUGUGGCCAUCUUCUACUCCAACCCACAACGUCUGGACGUCUACAAGGGCAGCAGUUAUGUCAUGCCCACCAAUGGAGAGAACAAUGCUGACGGACAGCUCAUCUUGAAUGCACCAACAUCACCAGGACAGUACAUCCCACUCAUGAAUGCUGCCAGCGGCUCCAACUACUUUGAUGACGACAAGAAGAUGCUGUACAUCACCAUCCGCGGGACCACACCCAUCGACAUUGUCACCAUGCCCGUGCUGAAGGUGUCAUUCGGCAUGCCCGCCAUCACCGUGGACGACUUCUUUGAGACCAACCUGCGACAGAACCUGGCCAACUUCCUGGGAAUCCCGGCAAACAAGAUCCGUGUCGUUAAUGUUGUUCGCGAGGACAGCAGGAGGAAGAAGCGUGCUGAGGGCAGCAUGACGGUUGAGAUCGAGAUCACUGAGCCACCAGCACAAGACAGCUCUUCGUCUGAAGACACAACCGAGGAUGCACGACAGGAACUCCAAGAGGCCUCCUCGCUUAUCGUUGAUAGUACUCAGCUGGGUACCAUCAGUGAUGAGAUUGGCAUUGAAGUUCAAAGCCUUGCAGUGGUGGAGCCGCUGCCAGCGGUCAACUCCUCCGACUGGGAUGAAGUGGCGGAGGAAGUGGAGAGCGGGGUGAGCCCCACCGCGACGGCUAUCCAGAUCCCCUCUAGGAUCGCGGUACACACCCAGCCAGGUCCCAGAGGGGAGGGAGCAGCCUUCCCCACACAGCCUGCUCUGCAGGUGUUCGAUGCCUCGGGUAACCCAGUGAAGACCCUUGGUGCAUCCUCCAGUCCGUGGGAGGUGCAGGCCACCAUCAGGUCUGGUACGGGUACGGAUUCCCGCGCUGUGACCAUCGGAAACAGCGUCGUUUUUAAGGAUGGCUGGGCCAACUUCACCGACCUUGCCAUCACACACAGCGGAGAGGGAUAUAUCCUGGACUUCGUCAUUGUCAAGCCUGCAUCUGCCUCCAGGUUCAACACAUCGUCCAUAGCGGUGGAUGUUGAGGAGCGCAGACUGUCAGGACGGGUGAUCGGUGCUGACGCCAUGCUGGAAGUGGAUGAAGCCUUCACACUCUCCGUGGCCAUCACUGAUGCCGCCACCAAUGAGGACGUCCAAAAUAUUGCUUGGAAGGGUCAUACAUGGCAGUGUACAGUAGAACUGGACCCAAUCGCUGCCCAAGAUGGCGGUGCCCAGAGCGCCACUUUCGCCGGGACCAAGACUGCCACCUUCGACCCAGCCACCGGACGUGCGACCUUCAACGACUUGUCAUUGGACAAGUACAACCGCUACCACCUGAGGUUCCACGUGACCAGUUCGCCCAGCGACCACGACUUCUGGAUCAACGCCAGCCCCAUCACGGUCUAUCCGGCCAAUCACACAUCUCCUGUCAUCGAGAAUACUGCCCAUGUGACCCUGACAUUUGAGGGCAGUUAUUCGGAUGCUGUAACUGGCAAGGAAGACUUUUUGGAGACCACUUUGUGGAGGGAGAUUGUGGGGGAGCGAGUUGAUGUCCUUGUUCUCAACUUUACCUUCACUGAAGGAAGCGUCAUUACCGACUUUGACGUGAAGGGAACCAACGAAGGCGUGAACGCCACCCUGAUGGACCUGUACGACAAGGUCAAAGACGGCAUGACCCUUGACAUUGGCGGCAGCUCUCUCACGGCCCGCAAAAACAUGGUUGUGGAUGGAAGCGACUAUUAUGGUGCAGAUGGGGGUCCUCCGGCUGCUCCCCCCUCUGCCUUCCCUGUUGUCCCAGUGGUUGUUGUGGUUGUCCUCUUGCUGCUGAUCAUCCUCGCCGCUGCAGCAUUCUUCUUCUACAGCAAGAAGAGGCAACAACAAGUUGCCCACGUGAGGAACAAGGUUUCCAAUGACGAUGUUCCCCUGAAGCCGUCACCAUCGUCUUCUCGCGGCGGUAUCGAUGCGGAAUCCGGCCUUGGGUCCACCAACCCCUCCUAUGCAAACGUGAAGGACAGCAACGAGGCCCUUCCUCCUGGUAGGGUGUCCCCACACCGCAGUCCUGGCAACAAGCCCAUCAACCCCCACCCUGUGCUGCCGCCCAUGAACAAGGGGCACACCCAGGUGACCCCCAUCGGCAGUCGCACCUCCUCCCCACUCCCAGAGGUCAACGUCUCCACCCUCACCAAGAAGUAGUCGUCCGUCUGACCUGAGGUGAAGAAUGGCGACUGACAGCAGGACAACCACUGCGACCAAUGAAGGAAUCCACAAAAAGUGCCUUUCCUGAUUUUGGCUUUAAUCUUAUCAAUGCGACAAAUGCAUAACAAUCAUAUGAUGAACUGAAUGUGUCAGAAUAUCAGGAUAACAUUUGAAGUGCUCAAGACUGAGUUAAUUAAUAUGCAAAAUCUCUCAAUAAGAUUAAGACUUGUGACAUCUCUUUAAAAAUUUUUACUAUUUCAUAAAUUCCUUUUUUGCAUGCCGUUUGUUAGAGUGUUCAACACUUUGAAGAGUGUAUCUUGAAUAUGUUUACAUUAUCAUCUUUAUGGUGUCUUGGAAGUUGUUUAUCUUUAUUCAAUUCCAUAUUUAAUGUAGCUGCCAUCUUAUUACACUUGCAUACAAAUUAUUAUAUCAAAAUUACAGUUUGAGUUCUUUGAAUUCAAAGUAGAUAUUUUUCAACCUGUUAUAUGGUUUAUUACCUAUAUAAUCUAUGGUAUCUUGGCUGCUUGUAUAGUACUUGCCACUUUUUAUGGUAUGUUUAUCAAUAUCAUUAUACUUACAGUAUUAUCAACUAUACAAUAUGUUUGCUAUUUGUAUUCACAAGCCAAUUGAAGACUUUUACUUGCUGCAAAUAUUUUGAAGGAAAAUAUACAAAAUUAUAUUUCUCAAUGAAGCAAAAUUUGUUUCUUUAAUCAAGAUAUGUCUUUGCAAUUGUUAAACAAAAAUGUCAAAGAGAAAUGUUGAAUUGCAUUAAAUGCCUUAAUAUUAAUUGCUAUGAGAAAUAUUGCAUACUAUUCAUUUACAGAGAAAAUUAUUAACUUCUCGGCAAUACAGGUCAGAAAAUUGUCAAUAAAAAAAAUCAAUGUUACCAUUUGUAUUUCAUGAAAUGAUAAAUUCAACACAAUAUGUUAUAAGCAGCCAACUGCAUGUUACAUGACGUGUAUAUGCAACUCUUCAAUAGAGAAGAAGCAUUUUCUCCCAGACACACCUUAGUUCAACUUCUUGCUUUACUCUGGAUUUUCAAUUGCCAGACAUAAACCCCUUGUUGGGUUUGCAAAAUACUACUCUUGAAAUAAUUUAAGGCCACUCGUAUUCUUUAUUUGUUUUUUUUUUUUUUUUUCAAGAGAAAAACCAGCAUCAUACAAUGUACAUGGAGGUUAAAGAGACUGUCUUUUGCAUUGCCCAGUUAAAGAAGAGAAUUUAGUAUGUGUAACACCGUUGUAGUGCUCUUUUUCUCUGGUUGGGAAUAUCUUAUCGAGUUGUUCAAACGUAAGAAACAACUAAUUGAAUAAGUGUGGCCUUAAGAAUUAUUAACAUCACAGCAAGCUUUUUUACCACCAUUACCUCAAUAUAUAAUAUCUAUGCAUGUAAAUAUGUGUGCUUUUGCAUGGUGUUUCUAAAAUGGAUAAAAUAAAGAUAUGUGUCUUUA